CCAAUUCCAAUUCAAGUAAAAGCAACGAGAGACAGGAAGCGAGAAUCGGAGAAGAAUAAUGACGGUGGCGGCAGGGAUCGGGUAUGCUUUGGUGGCGUUAGGACCGUCUCUCUCCCUUUUCAUCUCCGUUAUCUCCAAAAAGCCCUUCUUGAUCCUCACUCUCCUCUCCAGUACGCUGGUUUGGCUUAUAAGUUUGAUAAUAUUAUCUGGAAUUUGGAGAGCUUUCCUUCCUUUGAAUUCAACAUCAUGGUGGCCUUUUGCAAUUCUUAUAUUCAGCUCCGUUGCUUUUCAAGAAGGUCUUCGCCUUCUUUUCUGGAAAGUUUAUAAGAGGUUAGAAGACAUACUGGAUGCUUUUGCAGAUAGGGUCUCGAAGCCACGCUUGUAUCUGACUGAUAAGAUGCAAAUUGCUCUUGCUGGCGGGUUAGGUCAUGGUGUAGCACAUGCAGUAUUCUUUUGUCUUAGCCUCUUAACACCAGCAUUUGGCCCAGCAACCUAUUUUGUCGAUCGGUGUUCGCAGAUACCCUUUUUCCUUGUUUCUGCAAUUAUUGCUCUUGCAUUUGUAACGGUCCAUACUUUCUCAAUGGUUAUCGCAUUUAAUGGCUACGCUGAAGGGAAUAAAUUGGACCAGUAUUUUGUUCCCUCUGUUCAUCUUGCUGCUGGAAUGAUGACUUUGAUAAAUUUUGCUUAUGAUGGCUGUGUUAUCGGGAUUCCUCUUCUCUUCUUAAUGGCAAUCCUGACCUUGAUGCACUGCGGGAGGAUGGUUUGGCGGAGAUUAGCUGACAACCAAAGGCAGGGUAUUUCAUAAAAUUUCGAAACUUUUGCAGUUUCACCCUUCGUUUAGUUGGCAUCUGCACAGUUCUUCUCAUGCAAGUAGUAGAACAUCUGAGCCAUGUAUUGUCUCCUUUUUCAAUGAAUGAAUGUUCGCAACAACUAAGACCAUUCUUUUGAACCUGUCUAGCGGAUUAUUAUAUGCGUACUAUUUAUGGCUCGUGAUGCCUAACGGACUUGUAUAGUGCGUCGUGUUGCACCGGUCUGUAUUUCGUGUUAUUUCAUGCUGCAAAACAAGAUUGACAAGUUCCUGCACCAUAGAGGCACAUCUACUUAGUUUGCCUACUUCAACGGAUGUUUAUAUUUGC